GAGCUCUUGGUCUCCAGUCAGAGAAUGAAGUGAGUUGUCUCUUUGAUCAAUUCAUCUGUCUCAUCAUCGUUUACCGAAGACUUCAUUCUUCAAAGGCAGCAUGAAGCUGUUACUAAUAGCAGCUGCCUCUCUGGCAGUAGUGAGCUGUGCCAGCCUCUCUCUGGAGGACCUGGAGUUCCACGCAUGGAAACUCAAGUUUGGUAAGGUGUACAGGACCCCUGAGGAGGAGGCCCGGCGCAAAGAAAUCUGGCUCUCCACCCGCCGCAGGGUUCUGACCCACAACAUCCUGGCUGACCAGGGCAUCAAGACCUACCGCAUGGGCAUGAACCACUUCUCCGACAUGGACAACGAUGAAUACCAUAACACUCUCCUCCUCAGAAACACACUCCUUUCCAAUGCGACCAAAACCAUGGCUCAGCUUGGUAGAACACCCUCCAAACAGAAAGGGGUCGCUAUGCUUCCUAAGUCUGUAGACUGGAGGACAAAGAGUUGUGUGACUCCUGUCAAAGACCAGACUCAGCAGUGUGGAUCCUGUUGGGCCUUCAGUACCACAGGUGCGCUGGAGUCCCACACCUGCAUAUAUAAGGGACGCCUCCCCUCUCUUAGCGAGCAGCAGCUAGUGGACUGCUCUAGGUCCUAUGGGAACGAAGGCUGCAAUGGAGGCUACAUAGACAGGGCCUAUGAGUACGUCAUCAAGACUGGAGGAGUGGACACUGAGGACUCGUAUCCUUACGAGGCAGAGGAUGACACCUGUCGCUUUAAGCGCUCGGCUAUCAGUGUGUCCUGUAAAGGCUACACUGAGGUGAAACCUCCAGGAGAGGAGUCCGCUCUGCAGGAAGCUGUGGCCAACGAGGGACCCGUGUCUGUGGCCAUUGAUGCUGAGAACGACUUCCGAAACUACCAGUCUGGUGUCUAUGAUGAGCCUUCCUGCAGCAGAACUAGGCUGAACCAUGCCAUGCUGGUGGUUGGCUACGGAACUGAAGAUGGCCAAGACUACUGGCUGGUGAAGAACAGCUGGAGCACUUCCUGGGGAGAAGAUGGCUACAUCAAGAUGUCUAGAAAUCUGGACAACCAAUGUGGCAUUGCCUCUUAUUGUUUCUUCCCUCAAGUCUGAUGAUGAGUUGGUUUAUAACAUUGAGGACAUUUCUGGAAUUUAUUAACUUGUUCAUUAAUCACAAGACCAGACAUCUGAUUAACAGGAGAUGCCUCUACCUCCACCACAUAUACUCUAAGGCUAUUUUUUCAAGCGUAUCUUUGGAUAGAUCUGAGAAUGUAUAGGGCAUGCAGGAAGUUGAGGUCAUGUUCAAAGAAGUUCAUCACCUCAUGUGACAAACUCAGGGUUCCGGUUUCACUUACAGUUUUCCCUACAGAGAAAUAUGACGACACUAUAGCUCACAACGCCUAGUCCACUGGUCAUGUCAUACUAAUACAGAAAAACAAAACAAUUAUUGCUGCAAUUGUUUGUGCUUUUAUCUAUCAAAUUUGAUUUAGCUUCAAGCAAACAUGAAAAGAGGAGUUUCAAAAUAUUCUGCAUAUGGGGAACUGGCUUGAUUAUUUGAAGAUUUAUUUUUCCUGUGUGUGUGUGUGUGGGGGGCGGGGGGUCUUUAAGACAUGAAGAAUGGUGUGAGGCACUGUGGGUGUCCACAUUAAUCAAUAAUUGUUGUAGAUUUGACACUGUUACUGAAAUAAAAUGUCCACAAAUACACACUUUUUGAAGUCAUAAAUAAAAUAUGCAAUAUACACAAAUGUGAUCAUUGGUAGCCUAGAGAACACACUCAAUAAUCCAAUGAGGUGUGUAUGUCAGCUUUUGCUUUGCAUCAUACACAUUUAUCCUCCUCCAAAUUUCCUGCUUUGAUGAGGCAGCCCUUGUGUGACAGCUUAUGUCUACGUUUGUCUAGACUGUUUUUAAAAAGGCUACGAUAGAGCAAUGAGUGAGUGAGAUGUGAAAUGAAUGAAUGAGUUAAAAUGGGUAUCUGAAGAAAGUCUUCAUCUGAAGAGCUGCCCAUUACUUUUGUUCAUUUCGUCAUGAAUGGACAUAUACGUAUGAAUUCCAUACGGCUUCUGAAAACCUCACAUGACACACCAACACCACAAACUCAACUGUCAUGUGCUUAUUCUUUGUGUGGCUUCCUCUUUCGCCAAAAAGCAUUAUUUCAACAGAAUCCUCAUGUCACGCCAUGUUUACGUUACAUACUGCUUG